CUCUCCCCUCGGCCUCCCUCCUCCCCUUCCCUCCACAGGCCAAGGCUGGUGACAGCCUCCAUAUAUUUAAAGAGGAUAAGAGCCCCCCUUACUCAGUUGAGCCGACAGAGACCACUCAGGCUGACAGCCUUCUCAGACAAGCCUUCUCAUCCCGUCUUUUGCAUGAGGACGUGGCUCAAGAUUUGAGCAAUCUUCCCAAGGUCCAACAGACUUGAUCUUGGUCAGAGAGUCUUCAAGAUGCCAAAUUGGGGUGGAGGAGCGAAAUGUGGAGCCUGUGAGAAGACCGUCUACCAUGCAGAAGAAAUCCAGUGCAAUGGAAGGAGUUUCCACAAGACUUGCUUCCACUGCAUGGCCUGCAGGAAAGCUCUGGACAGCACAACAGUGGCUGCGCAUGAGUCGGAAAUCUACUGUAAGGUCUGCUACGGGCGCAGGUACGGCCCCAAGGGGAUUGGGUACGGACAAGGCGCCGGCUGCCUCAGCACGGACACGGGCGAGCACCUCGGUCUCCAGUUCCAACAGUCCCCAAAGCCGGCACGCUCAGCCACCACCAGCAACCCUUCCAAGUUCACUGCAAAGUUCGGAGAGUCAGAGAAGUGCCCUCGGUGUGGGAAGUCGGUGUACGCUGCGGAGAAGGUCAUGGGAGGUGGCAAGCCUUGGCACAAAACCUGUUUCCGCUGUGCCAUCUGUGGGAAGAGUCUGGAGUCCACGAACGUCACUGACAAAGAUGGAGAACUUUACUGCAAAGUUUGCUAUGCCAAAAAUUUUGGCCCCACGGGAAUUGGGUUUGGAGGCCUUACACAACAAGUGGAAAAGAAAGAGUGAGAAAGUUCAUUGUCCUUGGAUUUUUCGCCGGCCUGAAGCAUUUGCCACGUAAUCCUGCACGGAUGGAAACCUUUCCCCACAGCCUCUGGUCUACACCUGGACGGGGUUUCUCUUCAGAAGUGGUCGGAGUCUCUGCCCAAAGUUAGACGACAGCUUCAGGAAAAAAUGAUUUAAAAUGUAUUCUGGAGCACGUGCCUUAUUGUUGAUGAUACUUGGGGUGGGAGAGGCAAUAAACAAAUGUUUUAG